CUGCGCCGGACGGGCGGCGGCGUGAGGGCUCCGGGUCGCUGGCGGCGUGGACACCUGAGUCCCGGAGUAGGGGUCUCCCACGAGGAGUGAGCUGUUGCCGCAGAACGGGCUGCUGGCUCCUGCCCUGCUUCCUGUGAUCGAGCCAGCCCUGAUGACUCUGUGGAGAUGCCUGUAACCCACCAGAAAUCAGACGCAUCUGACAUGAACUCGGACACGUCCCCCAACUGCAGGCUCCGAGCCUUCAGCAGAGGCGGCAGCCUGGAGAGUCGAAGCAGCAGCUCUCGCUCCAGAAGCUUCACUUUGGAUGAUGAGAGCCUGAAGUACCUCACCCACGAGGAAAAGGACGUCCUCCUGUUUUUUGAGGAGACAAUUGACUCCCUGGACGAGGACUUUGAGGAGCCAGUGCUGUGUGAUGGGGGAGUGUGCUGCCUCUGCUCCCCAUCUCUGGAGGAGAGCACCUCCAGUCCCUCCGAGCCCGAAGAUGUCAUCGACUUAGUGCAGCCAGCACCUGGCGCCGGGGAAGCCAAGGGCCUCCCAGAGGAGACGCAGGCAGCAGGACCUGCACCUGCCGGGAAGGAGCACAGGAAACAAGAUUCUGAGACUCCUCCACCUCCGGACCCCCCAGCUCCUGAGACCCUUCCUGCACCACCGCCCGUGCCCAGCAUCCCUGACCCCCCCAGGAGGGAGCUGCGCGCCCCUUCCCCGCCAGCGGAGCACCCCAGACUCCUGCGCUCCGUUCCCACGCCCCUCGUUAUUGCGCAGAAGAUUUCCGAGAGGUUGGGGGGAAACGAAGCCCUGUCGCCCACCUCCCCAUCCAGGGAGGGCCGGCCCGAGGAGUGGAGGACACCGGCCGCCUGGGGGCCCCGCAGCAGAGACCCCGGCCCGGGGCCCAGUCGCCCGGCGCAGCCCAAGGCCCCCCGCUUCCCCAGCAACAUCAUCGUCACCAACGGCGCGGCCCGGGAGCCCCGCAGGACCCUGUCCAGGGCGGCCGUCAGCGUGCAGGAGCGCAGGGCGCAGGUGCUGGCCACCAUCCACGGCCACGCUGGCGCCUUCCCCGCCACAGGGGAUGUGGGCGAGGGGGCCCCGGGGGGCGGCUCCUCCCCGGAGCAGGUGGCACGUGGCCAGGGCCUGCCGGGGCCCGCUGAGAGUCUCCGGGCAGCGGGUCAGGCUCCGCGGGGCCCGGCGCUGGCCAACGGCUUCCCGAGUGCGCACGAGGCCCUGAAGAGCGCACCCAGCGCCUUCGCGCCCACCGGGAAGUCCCUCUGCUUCCGCCCCGGCCCGGCCCUGCCCAGCGCGCGGGCCCGCCAGAGCCUCCCCGGGCCCCGGCAGCCCGACGGUGUCCCGGACUGGCGCCUCGCAGACUCCCUGCCCCGGCCGCAGGGCGUCACCGUGCAGUUCGCAGGCCGCGGCUCCUCGGAGGAGGCGCGCAGGGAGGCCCUGCGGAAGCUGGGGCUGCUCAGGGAGAGCUCCUGAGGGCCGCGCGGGCUCCGGUCCACCCUGUUUCUCCCCACCCUGAAGAGAGGGUGAGAGUCGCUGCACGAAGGAGCUGUUCGGCCUAAAACGGAAGUGACGGGACCCCCUGCCCUCUGCGGCGCAUCAGAGUCUGGAGGUGCCAGGCUGGGGCCUCCGGGCUGAGCCCGCACCACCCGCUCCAGCCACCGGAACAGAGGACUCUUCCUGAAGGAAUCCGGCCGGGGGCUUGUCUCCCUUUUCCCAAGAACUGAGAACCCAGGAACCUUAGACCCAUGGGUUUCCGUGAUGUGUAAAUGCCGUCUUUUGGGGGUUGGGAGGAGCAGGACUGGUCUGAUCAUUCUUGAGUCUCAUCUACUCUUUACUCGAAGUACAUGACGUGAAAGUCAGUUCAGAUCCCUUCCACUCAGGAUUCUCCCCGCCUUUUCUAAGAAAAUAAUUUUUAAAAAUGCUUGUUACAUU